AUGGCUUCAUCUGAAUAUAACUAUGAUGAGCUGGGUGAAACUUGGCCAUUUUUCAUAUUAGCAUUAUUAUCAUUUAUAUUAUUACCAUUAACAUUUAAAUAUAUUGCUAGAGUUUUAUCAAAUACUAAUCCAAGUAAAGAAAAUGAAUCAAUUUCAGGGUCAAUUAAAGAAAAUAGUGAAACAUUAAAUGUUGAUAAUAUUUCAGAAAUUAAAUCUUUCCAAGCAAGACAAAAAUCACUGAAAAUUUUCAAUAAGACUUUGAUAGUAUUAAUUUUAGGAUGGGCUAGUGUUUAUUAUUUAGCUAAAUAUGUUACUAAAGAAGCUGAUAUGACUGGAUUAUUUGAUCCUUAUACAAUUUUAGAUGUUUCAUUUACUGCUAGUGAAAGGGAAAUUAAAAGUCAUUACAGAAAAUUAUCUUUAAAAUAUCAUCCUGAUAAAUUACCAAAAGACUUAACUGAAGAUGAAAGAAAUGCAGCUGAACAAGCUUAUAUUAGAUUAACUUCUGCUUAUAAAGCAUUAACUGAUGAAGUUACUAGAGAAAAUUUCUUACGUUAUGGUCAUCCAGACGGUGAACAACCAACUACUCAUGGUAUUGCUUUGCCACAAUUUUUGGUUGAAGGUAAAUAUAGUUCAUUGGUUGUCGUUAUGUACUUUAUGCUUAUUGGUGUUUUAUUACCUUUAAUUGUUGGUAAAUGGUGGAGUAAUGUUAAAUCACACACCAGAAAGGGAUUACAUGUUGAUACUGCUGCUAAUUUUGUUCGUAAAUUUACUGAUAGAAACCCAGCAAAGAUUAUUACUCCAGAUGUUAUUUUGAGUUAUGUUUUGGAAAGUCAAGAAAUCAAACAAGAAUUUCCAAAUUUGAGUCAAGAAGAAUUGAAGAAUUUAGUAUAUGAUUAUUUCAACCGUAAGAAAGUUAGCAAUGAAAGUGAUAAACUUAAACUUAUUUCCAAAUUGCCAUUCUUGAUUAAUGGUUUGAUUGAUAUUGCUGUGGUUUUCAAACUUCAAGAUACUAUUAUUGCUGCUGAAGAUUUAAAGAAAUCUAUUGCUCAAGCUGUUUUACCAGAUGGAAAACAUCAAGACUUGUUGCAAUUACCAUUUGUUGAUCCUGAAGUUGUCGUCAAGCAGCCAAUCAAGAAAUUGGGUAAACUUUUUGCAGUUUCCAAAGAAGAAGCUAAAAAGGCUUUGGGUAUCACUGACGAUGUUAAAUUUGAACGUGCCAUGAAAGUUGCUCAACAUAUUCCAAGUCUCCGUAUUCUUGAAGCUGAAAUUAAAGUUCCAGGAGAAGAAGAUGGUACUGUUCCACCACAUUCCCAUGCUCAUAUUUCUGUUAAAUUCUUGGUCAAAUCUCCAAAGUUGAAAUCAUGUCCUGAAAUUGAGGAUGAACGUUUGAAAGAUGAAGAGACUUUAGAAUAUAUGAAGAAUCCAAUGAUUGUUAAUGAACAACAACCUCAGUUGCCAUAUUCCUAUGCUCCAUACUAUCCACAACCAUUCCGUAAUGCAUGGAGUUGUUAUGUUAUUAGUCAAAAGGAAAAUAGAUUGCUUGAAGAUACUACUGCUUAUACUUUGGAAAAUGCAGAUUUGAGUAAUUUGGAAUUACUGCAAGAAGCCUGGAAAACAGGAACUGAUGCUAUAAUUGGUACAUUUAAAAUCCAAUUACCAAGUCCAACAGGAAAUGUUGGUAAAUAUUAUUACAGAUUAGUGAUGAAGAACAAUGCUUAUUUUGGUGUUGAUGUAGAUAUUCCAAUUGACUUAGAGGUUACUCCACUUUCUGUUGGUAAAAGUCUUGCGGGUAUUAAGAAAAAGAUAGAGGAAAGAAAAGCGCAAGAUGAAGACAGCGACUAUGAAAGUGAUUCAGAUAGUGAUAUAUCUGAUCCAGAAGAAGAUAGUUUAGCUGGUGCAAUUGCCGCUUUAAGAGGUUCCAGCACAAAGAAAAAGAAGACUUCUGAAGAUGACAAUGAUGAAGAAGAAGAGGAAGAAGAAGAAGUUUUCACAGAUAUCAAUACUGAUACUGAAGACGAAGCUGAAGAUGAAAAAUAA